GAGCUCUUUGCAGAGUUUGGGACCUUGAAGAAGGCAGCUGUGCACUAUGACAGAUCUGGCCGCAGCCUAGGGACAGCAGAUGUGCAUUUCGAAAGGAAGGCAGAUGCCUUGAAAGCAAUGAAGCAGUACAAUGGAGUCCCUUUGGAUGGGCGCCCCAUGAACAUUCAGCUGGUCACAUCACAGAUCGACACACAGAGGAGACCAGCACAGAGUGUAAACAGAGGUGGCAUGACCAGAAACCGCGGUGGUUCAGGAGGAUUUGGUGGUGGAGGAGGCAACAGGCGAGGUACUCGUGGCGGUAACAGAGGAAGAGGCAGAGGAGCUGGAAGAACUUCCAAACAGCAGCUCUCUGCAGAAGAAUUAGAUGCACAGCUGGAUGCUUACAAUGCCAGGAUGGACACCAGCUAAAGCGAUGGGCGGCGGGCGCAGGGAAGGACUCCGAUCUCGCUCCAUGCUCCCUGGUGGGGGCUGCGGCUGUGGCUACUAAUACCGAGGAUGGGAUUUGUUUUACUUUUACGUUCUGGGAUAGGUUUUAAACUCCUGUAAAGGUUUUUUUUAAUUCUGAAGCAGACCUGUUUUGUACCGAGUUAUUU